AUUCGAAACACAACAAAAGUCUUUGGUCUAGCAUGAUAACCAGUUACUAGUUGCAGUAGUUGCGUAUUGAACUUGAACUAUUGAUGGAAUUCGGUAUCACAAUCGAUAGUAAUUUGCAAAAUCAUUAUAAGUAUAUUCGCCACGUUUAGUUUCUAGUUAGUGGUUCGGUGCAAUUUUCAGUGAAGGUGAUAAAAAAUUACGCAUUAUUUUAUACUAGUACUUCUGAUUAUGACAAGCUGCGAUAUGGAUAUGGAUGCUCCAGCGAUUGGAAUUGACCUGGGCACUACGUACUCCUGUGUUGGUGUUUUCCAGCAUGGAAAAGUUGAGAUCAUCGCGAACGAUCAAGGUAACAGAACCACGCCGAGUUGUGUCGCUUUUACAGAUAACGAAAUCUUGAUCGGAGAAGCAGCAAAAAAUCAAUCCACCAGAAACCCAGAUAAUACAAUUUUUGACGUCAAAAGAUUAAUGGGUCGUAAAUUCGACGAUGCAACAGUUCAGAAUGAUAUGAAGCAUUGGCCUUUCCUAGUCAUCGACGAUGAUAACAAGCUGAAGAUACAAGUUGCUUUUGAAGGUGCUUCUAAAACGUAUUUCCCUGAAGAAAUAUCAGCGAUGAUAUUGCGAAAAAUGAAAGAGACUGCGGAGGCGUAUCUGGGUAAAACUGUUACAAAUGCAGUCAUCACCGUACCAGCAUAUUUUAACGAUUCUCAAAGAGCAGCUACCGUAGAUGCUGCCAAAAUUGCCGGGCUAAACGUCUUACGUAUAAUUAACGAACCUACUGCAGCUGCCAUUGCUUACGGAUUAGAAAAAAAAGAUAAAAAUGAAACCGCAUUGAUUUUUGAUCUGGGUGGCGGAACUUUCGAUGUCUCCAUCUUGACUAUCGAUAAAGGUGUUUUCCAAGUGGUUUCCACCGCAGGAGAUACUCAUUUGGGCGGCGAAGAUUUUGACAAUAAAAUGGUGGAUCAUUUCGUUCAAGAAUUUAGACGUAAAUAUCAUAAAGAUCUCACUGGAAACAAAAAAGCUCUACGUCGGUUGCGAAUUAGUUGCGAACAAGCGAAAAGAAUUUUAUCAUCAUCGAGUGAGGCCAGCAUUGAUAUUUAUUCUCUUCACGAUGGCGUCGACUUCUAUAGUUCAAUCUCUCGUGCCCGUUUUGAGGAAUUGAACGCUGAAUUUUUUCAAAACACGAUGGCUACCGUUGAAAAAGCGCUCCAGGAUGCUGAAAUUAAGAAAACGAAUAUUGAUCACGUCGUUUUAGUUGGUGGUUCAUCCCGUAUCCCAAAAGUACGAAAAAUGUUACGAGAUAUCUUCGAUGAGAAAGAAUUGAACAACUCUAUCAAUCCGGAUGAAGCUGUAGCAUAUGGAGCUGCUGUUCACGCCGCUAUACUAAGCGGCAAAAAACCAAAAGAAUUACUAGAUGUAGUGUUGUUCGAUGUUACACCGUUGUCCUUAGGGGUCUCUGUCACGGAGGGAAGGAAUCGUGGCCGUAAUGGUGAUGUGGAAGUGAUUAUUAAACGCAACACUCUCAUUCCAGCAAGACACACUGAGACAUUCGUGACAUCAUACGACAAUCAAACUGAAGUUUAUUCCGAAGUGUGUGAAGGUGAAUAUGUGACAACGAAAGAUAAUCACUUGCUUGGUGAAAUCGUGCUCGUAGGAAUUACAAGUGCACCUCAAGGUCAAACCAAAGUAGACGUAACUUUCGAAAUCGAUGCUAAUGGUAUUUUGAACGUAACUGCUGUGGAACCAUUGACUGGCCUUAAAACCCAAGUUACGAUUGCGUAUGAUAAAGGUCGUCUCAGUAGAGAUCAAAUUGAUCGCAUGGUCAAAGAUGCUGAAAAAUUCGACACAAAGGAAAAGCUGAGAAAGGCUGCGGUUGCCGCUAAAAGUUCUCUAGAAGAAUACUGCAUCAGCGUUAAACGCACAGUGCAAGAUGAAAAAUUGAAAAAUAAGAUAGAUAAAUUCGAUAAAGACAUAAUCUUGAAGAAAUGUAAAGAAACCAUUGCCUGGUUGAAUUCAAACCAGUCAGUUGGGAAAGACCAGUACGAAUGUAAACUAGAAGAACUGAAAAAUAUAUUCGAUAUGAUAAUUUCUAUUUCUAGUCAAUCUGAAGAAAGCGAAGACAAAUAUUAUGAAAUAUUGAACGUGACAAAACAUUCCACCAAAACAGAAAUCGAAAAAGCCUUCAGGAGUGUAGCGUGUAAAUAUCAUCCUGAUGAAUACGAAGGAGACAAAGAGAUAGGAAAUUUGUACUGGCUGACCUUGAAGAGAGCAAACGACUGUCUCAUCAAACUCCUUUUUUGUAUCACGUUUUUGCAGUGAAAAAGAAUAAUUCCAAUUGAUAGCAGCUUGGGUUCAUGGAUCAGUUUCAUUUUUUUCAACUGGAUCGUAAUCAUACUUCGACAGUCCAAAAUGAGAAUAUUUACUUUCUCUCUCCUAAUGAAUUAUUUUUUUUGUUCUGUACAUUUCUAGAUUAGGCCUAAUGAUCUCGAUAUUAAGGUAUCGCGCGUAUGCAUUUCUGUAAUAUUGCAGCUACUUCAGCGGAAGUUGCGUUAUAGUGAUAGAUAUUUGAGAUGAUUGUUUUACUAUAUGUUCUAUAAUUUAAAUAUGUAGUUUGUGAUACCGAUAGAUGUCAAGAUACCUAUUUCAAUGUAGAUAUGCAUUGUUUAGGUUGAGAUUAUGUUAAGAGAUCUUCGUUUUUUUAUAUUACCUUAUAUUUUUACUUGCAUGCUUAUUUUUUUCCCAUGAUAGUCACGAUUGUAUUAAAUGAAAAAUUCACUUUUUUGUGA